AUGGGGGUGAAAAACCUAUGGGACAUCUUAGAAUCCUGCAAGAAAACUCUCCCUCUUCACCAUCUCCAGAACAAGAGGGUAUGCAUAGAUCUGUCAUGUUGGAUAAUUCAACUUCAAAAUGUCAACAAAUCUCACUGUGCCAUGAGAGAUAAGGUUUAUCUUAGAGGUCUUUUUCACCGCCUCAGAGCUCUCAUUGCCUUGAAUUGUAGUAUCAUAUUUGUUGCAGAUGGGUCAAUUCCUUCCAUCAAAUUAGCUACGUAUAGACGCCGCUUGAAAUUGGGAAUUGAGGCAGGUCACCCAUGA